GUCUUUGGAGUUGAACAUUGUUCAAUAAACGCCCUCCUGAGUGCACGCUGUCCAACAGCGACACGGCGAAGACGUAGAGGGAACGUUCACUUUAUUUGACUUUCCCUUCUCAUUCGAAGACAGCUUUCUAAGACUGCUAUGACGUCUCGCAGGUGGUUCCACCCCAACAUCACCGGCAUCGAGGCAGAGCAGCUCCUGUUGACGCGGGGGGUCCACGGCAGUUUCCUAGCCCGGCCGAGCAAGAGCAACCCAGGGGAUUUUACUCUCUCUGUCAGACGGAGUGAUGAGGUCACCCAUAUUAAGAUCCAGAAUUCAGGGGACUACUACGACCUUUAUGGAGGGGAGAAGUUUGCCACGCUGGCAGAGCUGGUGCAGUACUACACAGAGCAGCACGACCUCCUCAGAGAGAGGAAUGGAGACGUCAUCGAGCUCAAGUACCCACUCAACUGCAAAGACCCCACCUCCGAGAGGUGGUACCACGGGCACCUCUCUGGGCGCGACGCUGAGAAGCUGCUUACGGACAAGGGCAAGCCUGGCAGUUUCCUGGUGCGUGAGAGCCAGAGUAAACCAGGUGACUUCGUGCUCUCUGUCCUCACCAACGAGGAGAAGCAUGAAAAUGUGGACCGCAAGACCAAGGUUACCCACGUCAUGAUCCGAUACCAGCAGGAUGGGAAGUAUGACGUGGGCGGAGGAGAGAGGUUUGACACGCUAGCUGACCUGGUGGAUCACUAUAAGAAGAACCCCAUGGUGGAGAAGAGUGGAAUCGUUGUUCACCUCAAACAGCCCUUCAAUGCCACCAGAAUAAAUGCAGCCAACAUUGAGAACAGGGUAAAGGAGCUCAACAAAGUGGCGGACAACUCCGAGAAGCCCAAACAAGGGUUCUGGGAAGAGUUUGAGGUGCUACAGCAGCAGGAGUGUAAGCUCCUCUACCCCAGGAAAGAAGGACAGACCGCAGAGAACAAGAGUAAAAACAGAUACAAGAACAUCCUCCCUUUCGACACUACACGGGUGGAGAUCAGGGAAGCAGAUGCAGAUGUGCCUGGCUCAGACUACAUCAAUGCCAACUACAUCCGUAGUAUGCAUGAAGAGGGCUGUCACGUGGAGGAGGGCAAGGUGUUCAUCGCCACCCAGGGCUGCCUUCAGAACACUGUGGUGGACUUCUGGAAGAUGGUCUACCAGGAGAACACGCAUGUCAUUGUCAUGACCACCAAGGAGAUGGAGAGAGGACGGAACAAGUGUGUGCGCUACUGGCCUGACCUCAACGCCACUAAGGAGUUUGGGAAAGUGUGUGUGAAGAAUGUGGAGGAGCGUCCGGCUCAGGACUACAUCCUGAGGGAACUGGAGGUGACUCGUUUGGACCGGAGGGAGCCGAUGAGGUAUAUCUGGCACUACCAGUACCUGAGCUGGCCUGACCACGGUGUUCCCAACGAGCCUGGGGGCGUGCUCAGCUUCCUGGAGCAGGUCAACCGCACGCAGAGCACCAUUCGAGACACCGGGCCCAUUGUGGUCCACUGCAGUGCAGGAAUCGGGAGAACAGGCACCAUCAUUGUCAUUGAUAUUCUCAUUGACAUCAUCAACAGACAAGGAUUAGACUGUGACAUCGACAUCCCGAAGACCAUCCAGAGGGUUCGUCAGCAGCGGUCAGGCAUGGUGCAGACAGAGGCCCAAUAUAAGUUCAUCUACAUGGCUGUCCAGCAGUACAUUGACACGGCACAGAAGAGACUGGAGGAGGAGCAGAGGAAUAAGACAAAGGAGAGGGAGUACUCCAAUAUCAAAUACCCCCAGAUGACCAACGCUCGGUCAAAACCAAACAUGACCUGUGUGUCACGCUCCUCCUCUGUGGUGACGAACGACGACCCGUCCGCUGUGUAUGAGAACCUGAACAUCAAGAACCCAAGUACCUCUGGGAACAGCAGUAACACCAGGAAGUAAAAGUUCAGCCACAGACCUCUGCCUCUCUCAACCUCUCUUUUCGCCAGAGCACCAUGGGGGACCUGUGGAGCUCUGGCCCCUGACCCCCUGGCAGUGGAACCCCUCCUGCUGCCCUGCUGGCUGUCUGGAGCCUCCCUCUCCAAGGAUAGAGGGGUACAGCACAGUGCUCUUGUCCUUCUAUCUCCACCCCCCCAUCUCUCUCUCUCCUCUCUCUCUCUCUCUCGCUCUCUCUCGCUCUCUCGCUCUCUAUUACUUCAAGUCUCUACAACCUCUCCUGUCUACGGACAAAGUGCCUCGUCUACAGACAUGUCUGUAACCCCUGUAUUUGGUCCCACAGUUGUUCCAUCUCAUCCCCUAACCCACCAACCCAACAAAUGUCCUUUGCUUAUUUCUGUCGACUCUCGAACUAAAUCGACACGAGAAACAAACAAUGGUGUACUCAAUGUUCAAGUGAUGUUUUGCUCCAUCGUGUUCAACCAUGAAUGGGGUGGACGAGACAAGAAAGGGUAAAGCUAUGCCGUUUCUCUUUGCGCUGUUGGAAUCCCAAUCUAUUCUCUCUCGCUCUCGCUUCAAAGUGCUCACUCUCUGCUGGCUAUCAUCUACUUGAACCAAAGACUCUAGCGAUGUUCUGUUUUCGCUAGCAGCAGUCAUCACUGCAGCGUUGAGUAAUGGCAGGGAAACAGUGAAGUGAUCUGCUACCACUGAGGCAUUGGCAUGGACAAGCAAAGUCCUUACACGUCCCUUUCCCAUGAAAGGCAAGAGGAAAGUCAGGAUAUUCUUAAUGGGCCUUUGUCAGUGGGGAGCUGAUUUGUUUAUUUUAUUGGUUCCACCGAUGGUCUUUUGUGCCAUGCUCAUCUACUGUAGUGCUUUCACCAUCACAGCUACUGAGAGCCUAUUCAAUCAAGGAUAAUGAGCUCCUCUCCGGACUCCAUUUUGUUUCUUGUCCUGUGGUUGCUGGAAGGGGGGAGCUUGAAGCACCAAUUUACUUGUGCAAUUUUUCUAUUUAUUUAGUUUUAAUCUGUGUCCUUUCAAUUCAUUCUUGUUUCUUUUAUUGUUAUUAUUGGUGUGACUUUGUAAUGUACAGGACAUGGUUUUUAAUGUUAGAUCCAAUUCCAUUAUUAUCAGGUGACAAAAAGCACAAUUCUCUGAAUUUGCAGUUGCUUUGCAGAUCCUGUUUUAUAUGUGAGAAAUUGAUAAUUGUCAAUUGAUAAAAUCGGUCGGAUCUGCAGUCUUUCUCUCUCUGUGUAGGUUGUAACUCCCGUUGGUUUCAGCGACGGUUUUCCUCCUAAUCGAAUGGCAUAAUAAACUGGGUUAAACCUUUGCCAAGUGAGAGAUCGACAAGGGGAGCAGAAAAUGGGAUAGGGGAGAAGAAAUGUCAGGAUGCCAGCCAGGCUGCCAUCACUGAAGUCUUUAUGAAUAUUACUGGGCCAGAUGGCCUACAGCCCAAGAUUAAAGAGUAGAUUUGUCUCCAAAAAGUAAUUUACAAGAUGGUUAUAAUCCAGGCUUGACUUUGUUUGGGAGAGUAACAUCAGUGAUGAUGUCAUAGGAAGGGUGACACCACACAGCAAAGAGCCUUCAGUUAUAUAUAUAUAUACAUAUAUAUGGGCAGUGGCUUCUUUCUUAACUAUUCUUAGCAUUUUGCAUAAAAAUCUAAUGUCUAAGGUGUUCACUGGAUUUAGCCAGUGGCUCAAUGAUGUCAUCCUUUGAGCGACCCUGCUGGUUGGCUACAUAGAGGCUGUGCAGUGUCGUCUGCUGGUUGUGCAGAGCUGUUCUUGUACAUAGUGUUCAGGCCUUUCAACUAGGGCUUGACUACGUCAUCCCUUGCUCAUCCUAACACCAGUGCAGUAACUUUCCGCAAUACUGAAAGUCUGAUGUUUCAGUAUUUCCCUUCAAAUUAUGUUUCAGUAAGUCCAUUCUAAGUGUUAUAGGACACAUAUUUCGCUGCAGUAUAGUUGUUGAUAUAAUACUCAUGCUAUAAGUGGUAUGCUAUAAAUGGUAUGCUAUCCUGGAAAUGGAAAUGUUUAGUUUCUAUAUUCUUAGGCCUAGAUUCGAUCAGAUCAAGCGUUAACCGGUGAUAGCCGACACUCGCAUAGCUGAUGUUUUGGCAGUGUCAGCAAGUGGAACUGCAUUGGAGCUGUCAAAUCGGUGAACAGCUGCUCUUGUGAUCAUUGUCACAAAGCCACACCUGUCCCACUCUCGUUAGUUCAGAAGGAGAAAGUUUAGCCUACAUAGAAAUAAUGACGCUCAAAUUGAAAAUCAGUAAACAAAAUAAUGAGGAUUUCUAUCAGCCUAAUCGAGGUGUAGAUGACAUCUCACAUUCCAGUCUUCGAACUCUUAAUGUGACUCCGUGCAGCCAAUGGCAAUGUCCGCUUUAUGUAUAACGAUAGGAGAACACUUAUGCAUUUGACAGCUCUAACGCAGUUCCACCUACAGCACUGCCAAAAUGACUACUGUGUGGAUGUCGGCUAAAUCGGAUGUGAUUGAUUAGAGUCCUUUUAAUUAUGUUGCACUGUUGUUGAUGAUGAUUUUUUAAACAUUGUAUUUCACUUUGCCUCUAAGGGUCAAAACGUCGUAUGAUGUGGUGAAACAUUGAGGGGUGAAUCCUACUUAGCUUAAAGAUUAAUUUUCAUUGAGUUAUGCAUUGAUGUCAGUGGGAGACUAUGUGAAAAUUUGACUAAAGUGGAAAUGAGUGUUCGCUCUUAACACUUCAAUACUUGAAAUUCUAUUCAAAAUGGCUAAAUCCUGUAGCUGCAGACUUGUGAUCUGUGACUGUCAGGAUGCCCAUUGGCUGUUUUAAGAGUACAGUAUGUUGACAGUCUGCUAGAAGUAUGACAUCGGUGUUGUAAAUUUAAUUUUCAUUUACUGAGGUGUUUCGAAUUUUACAUUUCCUGUUGGUGCAUUUUAUAUUGUGUAAGAUUAUUUGUUUGAUUAUUGUUAUUAUUUGAGUUUCUAUUUGGUGUUAUGACACCGUUGAUGAUAACAUAAUGAUAACGAAUUGUCAGUGAAGCAGGUGUUCUUGAAAGUAUACAGAAAUGAUAUGAGUUAUUUUAUUUCUGCUCCUUAAUUUACUUGAAUAUGAUGUUGACAUAGUUGGUUGCGAUAUGCCUGAUUUGAGUAGUGGUAUACGGACUGUUCCUGUAUUCAGAUGAAGACUGUUUUUCCCUCUUGCACUGGCUCAGCCUUAACGCCUUCUGUCCAGGCUUAUAGCGCUGAUGCAAUGACAAUGUCUGAAAUGACAACAAGAUGAUUCAAAAUGUAAUAGUUUAAUAAAAA